GAUCCAAAUGUGUCAUCCUUGGUUCCGCCCCUGACGCCGAUUUGUAUAACGCAACGACAUUCUAAUAGAUACUAUCUCGUUAUAUUUCACCUUUUAUCUUUCUAGAAGCUCCGUUUAUACACCUAAUCCCAUUUCUUACAUGUUUCAGAAGCAUGAGAGGCGAGUUCGACCGUUCCAGUCAAUACAGCAGCCGGUACAGUUAUCGCGACUUCGAAUCGAACAGGAUGCACUACGAUAUUCGCGAGCCGGACCUGAACGUGGCCAAAGAGUACCGGACCCAGAAGAUCCUGGUGACGAUGAUCACAACGUAUGGCAUCUGCCUGUGUCCACUGAUGAUCCUCCGAUUGGCUAGACUGGCUCUGGCCGAGACCUACGAGAACGCUGGGCAUUUUGACAUCACAUUUGCUGUGUUUGUUUGGAUCGCUUUCGUUCCAGUUUGCUCUACGCCGAUUCUCUAUGUUAUAUGGCAGAUGACCAGAUUGGCGAUUUCUGGCGAUUUUCUCAUCAAAACUUUACGACCACGUGACUGAAAACCGGGCAACCCUGCGCGGGGGAGACGGGCAUGAGGUUCCGCAGAAGGAGCACGUAUAUCAUCGCUCAGCCCGACGGACGUACGAACAUUGUUUUAACGCUAUUUUUUUCGCAUUGUACACUAUCAGUUGUAAAUCAGCCUCUACCUUAGUAAAUAAAGUGAUAUCGC